UAUAAAACUUUAGUCGCUAAAGUUUAGCUUUUAACCUAUAUUGUAACGAGAACACCAUCGCUUUAUGGCCAUGAAAUGUGUAUUCCGCAAUAUUAUUUUUUUCGAUCACCUUGGUUUUUUUUUAUUUUGUUGACCAAAGUGUUCGUUCUUAUUUAUUUAAUUUCCAUGGUUAUAUUUAUUUAUUGCUUAGUAAGCAAAGGCAUUUAUUGUCAACAAACCAGAUCCAAUUUUAAACUCAAUAAUUAUUUUUUUGUUUAUAAUCCAUAUUUUUUAUAUAAAUUCUAAUAACGGAAGUUAAAAAAAUAAAUGGCGUGCACUACUAACAUAAAGCCAAAAAUUAAAGUACGCGUGCGGAAUGUCUGGUAUGAACCAGAUUUGUCUCCCGAGGGCAUUUAUCUUUGUCCCAUGCCUCAGCCACCGCCAGUGCCAAAAGGUGUAUUAUGGUUUACAAACUUGAAGCCACACGAAAGACUAUUCUAUCAUCAGACCUUGAAUUCCGUGCGAAAAAGUAAACGUUUCAUUGCAACACCAGAAAUACCACGCGAUUCAUUGGAUUUCCAGUUGCAAGCGCGUUACGAUCAUUCCCGUGAAGUAUUUCCUGAGCGUGUAGAUACAUUGUUGCAGCGAGAAACAUGUCCUUACGAAAGGAUUGAAGGCUGUGGACCUGAUAGUAUAGUCGAACUGGCAACCUUUCGUGUGUUAAAAAAUGUUAAGGCAGUGGAGUUGCCUUCAAGUGACCAGCAAGAUCAUCCUUUUAUACCUUUUGGUGGUAUAAAAGAGAAGAUUUCACCACAUAGUGUUAAAUUGAUCAAUAGUGGCGUGCAUACUCAACUGGUGAACAACGGAUUUUCAAGACAGACUGGAGAUGGAAAUUUCUUUCGUUAUUAGCAAUUAUCAUUACUGUAUCAUGUACCAUGGACGUAUUAAAGAGUUUAUUAAGGUAAUGCAAAUAGAUUUCACCUUCUUGUAGUUCUAAAGAUGGCCACAUUGUAAUUAAAAUUCAAAUACAGAAGCUAUCCAAGUUAACCUACAAUAUUUUUUAUUGUAUUUCCGAUCAAUAAAAAUAUAACUAAAUAAAUCAAAUGUCGGAUCAUG